AUGUCAUCAUCCUCGAAGGCAGAACCAGAAGCAAAAUCCAACAUUGCGAGGGUGGUCGAAAGCCAAGAUGAGCAACUACCAUCGCGACCAAAUUUCUUCUAUAGCACACUGUUCCAAAUACUGAUCGUGGGAACGUGUGCAUUCUGUGCCCCUGGAAUAUGGACCGCAAUGAACGGCCUGGGUGUGGGCGGAUCCCAAAGCCCUGACUUGGUGAACGCUGCCAAUGCCUUGUUAUAUGCCUUCAUGACAGUAACUUGUUUUGCCGGCCCUUGGAUCACCAAUGCUAUCGGAUUCCGGUAUACUCUCGCGCUUGGGUCAAUUGGAUACCCGCUAUACGCCGCGGGUCUCUAUCUCAACAAUCGCAGUGGUGCCACCUGGCUUGUGUAUUUCGGCUCAGUGACUUGUGGAAUCAGCGCUGGCUUUUUCUGGAGUGUUGAAGGUGCCGUCGCGACAGGUUAUCCUGAGAGCCACAAGCGUGGUCGGUACAUUGCGACAUGGUUCACCUUUCGCAAUUUUGGAAAUAUCAUUGGCGGUGCUGUCUCUCUCGGCAUCAACCAUACAGUUAAUCACCGCGGCCAGGUUGGGUACCAGACGUAUCUCGCAUUCAUUGCCAUUCAAUGUCUCGGGUUAUUCUUUGGUCUUCUCUUGUCCAACCCUGAGAAGGUCCAGCGAGAUGAUGGGACACGCAUUGAGGCACCUCGGGGCAUACAUUGGCGUGAAGAACUACGCGCGAUGUGGCGGCUGCUGAGGAGUAAAUCCAUCCUGCUCCUAGUGCCCCUAUUCUGGUAUUUUGGGUGGCUCCAAGCAUACCCAGGCACAUAUCUCGCGACAUACUUUACUGUUCGCUCGCGAGCACUCGGAAGCUUUAUGAAUGCGGUCGUUGGCACACUGGCGACCUGGCUGAGUGGCUCACUGGUUGACCUGCCCUGGUUGAAAAGUCGAAAGCAUCGGGCUGUCGUCACAUUCACGCUGAUCGCCAUGAUGAAUAGCGCGACCUGGAUCUGGGCUGUGAUUAUCCAGAACGAGUAUCGGCAUACCAACCCUGUCCUGGACUGGGAGGAUCAACGAACUUUCGGUCGUGGGUUUGGACUGUACCUUUUUGAGCGCAUCAGUCAGGCACUGGUAGAGAAUUAUAUCUACUGGUGCAUUUCAAAUCUUUCAGAUUCACCUGGUGAUCAGAUUCGAUACAGUUCAUUGUUGAGAGGAAUCGAGACUGCUGCUGUCGCGGUUGGGUUUGGUGUGCAGGCUGUGCCGACUGCGUUGAUUGCCACGGCAAGCAUCAAUCUGGGUUUGUGGUUUAUCGCGUUGCCAUUCAGCUAUUAUGCCACUUUACAAGUCGUCCGCAGAUUCGAACUCUUAGAGAAACGAAGUGAUGUGGGAAGAGAAGAUCCUCAGACUUCAAGUCAGGGAGAAUAA